AUGUCCGUGCCUACACUUCAAACCUGGGACGGCCCGCCCAUCACCAUCGGCGUCAUCGGUGGUUCUGGGUUGUACAAGCUCUCGUCCAUCUCCCCGGUCGCCGAGAUCAGCGUUACCACCCCCUGGGGCUCCCCCUCUUCGCCCAUCACCAUCGCCAAAACGACCGCCGGCAACCAUGUCGCCUUCCUCGCGCGUCAUGGGCGAAACCACGCCAUUCUGCCCAGCAAUGUGCCCAACCUCGCCAACAUGGCUGCGCUCAAGCAUCUCGGCGUCAAGGCCGUACUUGCGUUCUCCGCCGUGGGCAGUUUGAGGGAGGAAAUUGCGCCAAAGGAUUUCGUCAUUCCGAGUCAGAUCAUUGAUCGCACCAAGGGUGUGAGGAGAGCGAGCUUUUUUGGGUUCGGCGAGGAGGAAGGGGUGGUGGCACAUGCUGGGUUUGGAGAUCCCUUCUGCGAGGUUCUGCGACCGAUCGUGCACGAAACUGUGAAGGAGACGCUCAAGGAGCACAGCCCGGAUGUCAAGGUGCAUGAAGGAAAGACGGUGGUAUGCAUGGAAGGGCCCCAAUUCAGCACUCGCGCCGAGAGUCUGAUGUACCGCGCGUGGGGAGGAGACAUCAUCAACAUGUCCGUCCUCCCCGAAGCCAAGCUCGCGAGGGAAGCAGAGCUGGCAUAUGUCCUCAUCGCAACGGCCACCGACUACGACGCUUGGAGACCCAGCAGCGCCGCCGUCAACGUCGCCGAGGUCAUGGAGAGUCUGAAGGCCAACGUCGAGGCGAGCAAUGUCGUCACCACCAAGCUGCUCGAUCGCAUCGCACAGGAAGUCGACAGCGACGACAAACCAAGCAUCAAGGGCAUCAAGGACAGCAUGAAGUUCAGCAUCAUGACUCGAAGCGACGUUAUCGAUGAUAAGGCCAAGCAGAACUUGCGCUUCUUGCAUCCUUGGUUCGCACGGGAGUAG